UUAAAAUGAGAAGGGGGCGUUAAUGCUAAUUUUGUGUUCGUUUCUGGAUUAUUUUUACUAUUUGAAUCAUAUAUUAAAUAUAAACGUAGUAUACGGAUUAUUAGACUUUAAAUAGUUUUGUUUUGAGAAAAUGGCUGAUGAAUUAUUAUUACUUGAAAAGAUAAAAACUCUUGAAAUUCAAUUACAAUUGAAGAACAAAGAAUUAAAAAUUGUAAAAGAUGAAUUAUCAUUAAUUAGAAAAUCUUGCAAUGAUGUAACUGGAAAAAGUAAUGCAGACCAUAGUAACAACAAUUGUUACAAACUUAUUGAUGCUUGUGUUCAAACACCCGAAACAUCUUCAAGUUGUGAUUGUCACUUAAACAAAUUUUUAUCUGAUUCAGAAACACAGACAUAUGAAACUGAUUUUUAUCAAUUUGAAUCUAAAGGUUCUGUUGAAGAUUGGAUACUUCCAGAAGGAUCAAGUGAAACAUUAACAGAUAUAGUGAAACAAACAGCAGAAGUAGCACUCACACAUUCUGAUUAUAUUUAUGAUGAAACCAGAGGAAUGUAUUAUAGUAUAAGUACAGGCUAUUAUUAUGAUUCUAUGCAAACGUCGUUUCAAGAUAUCCGAAGGUUUUCUGCAUGCGAUUUGUCGCUUGAACAGAAACUGAAAAUUCUAAACUUUAUGAAAAGAUUUGGAAAAGUGUCAUUAUGUAUAUCAAUGAGAGGCUACUUCAAUGUUACAAAAAAGUUUCCAGUUAAGAUGGGCAACGCUCUUCAUUCUAUAUUUUCUGGUCUUUUGAAGCUCAGAUCUGCUACUGAAAAUUGA